AUGUUACCUCUUCCAAACAGAAGUGAGUUACCUGGGUUAUACAAUUGGCGAAACGGUAUUAUGAGUGAUCCCAGCAAGAUUGAAGCAAUCCAGUCAUGGCCUGAGCCCCGAAAUGUCGCAGAAUUGAGAAGCUUCUUGGGUUUAUGCUCACAUAAUUGUCGGUUUGUCAAGUCGUUCGCUGAUAAAGUUCAGUCACUGAAUCAACUUCUGAAGCAGGGAACACCAUUCAAAUGGACAGAAGAAUGUCAAACUUCUUGGGAAACAUUAAAGAGAUGUUUAACUUCGACACCGGUAUUGUCUUAUCCAUGUCCUGAAGAAGACCUUAUUUUGGAUAAUGAUGCUUCUAAUGUUGGACUUGGAGCAGUACUCUUGCAAACACAAGACGGAGUGGAAUGUGUAAUAGGAUAUUAUAGUCGAACGCUUAAUAAGGCGGAGAGAAAUUAUUGUGCGACGCGGAAAGAGUUUCUUGCUGUUGUUUCUUCGGUGAAACAUUUCUACCAUUUCUUGUACGGACGGCAUUUUGUUAUAAGAACUGACCAUUCAGCUAUGCAAUGGUUGGUUAGUUUCAAAGAUGUUCAAGGACAAUUAACACGAUGGUUACAAAAUCUGCAACAAUAUGAUUUUACGAUAGUACAUCGAGCUGGUAAGGGUCACGCAAAUGCGGAUGCAUUGUUAAGGAGACCUUGUGCAGAGUUUGAAUGCCAGUAUUGCGAGGAAGUAGAAGAUGCUAUUAAAUCGCCCGAAUCGAUUCCUUGGAAGAAAACCAUCCUGAGGAGGAGAGUUCACGCCUGGCAACGCUGACGCCUCAGUUUGAGCUUUCAAAUGGAGAUAACAUUGUUCCUGAUACGAUCAAGAAGCUGCAAGCAAAAGGUGCCGAUAUUGGAUCUAUAUUGAAGUGGUUAAAUGAAGAUACAAGUCGUCCGGAGUGGCCAAUCGUGGCACCAUGUAGCGAAGUGACAAAAACUCUGUGGGCGCAGUGGGAUAGUUUAUGCAUUCAUGGCGGGUGUGUUUGUAGAGUGUGGGAAAAUACUUCAUCUUCAGCUUUUCAUUAUCAACUGCUUGUUCCAAGGGAUAUGAGGAAAGAAAUCUUGAUGGAGCUACAUGGAACUCAAACAACAGGACAUUUUGGAAUAAAUGAGACGAUUCAACGACUUAAACAACGAUUUUAUUGGCCUCGGUGUCAAACGGAUGUAAAAACCUGGAUAAAAGAGUGCGACGCAUGCUUGUCAAGAAAAGGACCUCGGAAUAAGCAGAAAGCUCCUCUUCAGUUGUAUACAGUCGGUGCUCCUAUGGAACGAAUUGCCAUCGGUAUUAUGAGUCCCUUACCUGUUUCCAAGAAUGGUAAUAAAUAUUUGCUAGUAAAAAUGGACUAUUUUUCGAAAUGGCCGGAAGUCUACCCCCUGCCGAAUCAAGAAGCUAGAACUGUAGCUCAAGAGUUUUUUUACAGAUUCGGAUGGAAUUGCACUCUGAUCAAGGUCGAAAUUUCGAGUCGGAAUUAAUGAAGGAGGUAUGCGCGAUUCUGGGUAUUCAUAAAACAGGAACAACUCCAUAUCAUCCCCAAUCAGAUGGGAUGGUUGAACGAUUUAACCGUACAUUAGCAGCACAGUUAUCUUUGUUCGUAAGCGAGAACCAUACUGAUUGAGACGAACAUUUGUCUACCGUUUUAUUAGCGCACAGAACAGCGGUCCAUAAAUCAACCGGAGAGACGCCAGCCAAAAUGAUGAUGGGACAUGAACUUCGACUUCCCGUUGAUGUGAUAUUUGGAAAGCCACCAGAUGAAGAUACUCCAGAACAUGGAACUUA